AUGGAUGCGAACCAAAAGGCGGAAGAACGGCCGUAUCAAUUUGCCUGCAAUCAUAAAGCCUGGAUGCCGCCGACGAUGCUACGAGACUGGCUCAUGGCGCUGGAUUGGCGCAUGCGUGUUACUAACCGCAAUAUUGUGCUUAUUGUUGACUCAGUAGCUGCCAUGUGCGUGCAAAAAGCGUCGUUGUCGAAUGUAAAGAUGCAUUUUGUGGAACGCAACCAUGCUGGAGAGCUCUGUGUUCGAACUUUAGAAAUGGGCGUUGUGGCUGCUGUCAAGCGCCGUUACCGCUACCAGCUCUUAGACUACGCGCUUGACCGGCGAGAGGAAGGUCAGCUUGAUAUCUACGAUAUUCCAUUGCAGAAGGUUGUAGAGUGGGUGGUACAAGGUUGGCAGCAAAUUCCGCGGUCACGCAUCAUUGCUAGCUUCGCGCACGUGGGCGUGAUGUUUACUACCGAGACAGGAGCUGCAGUUGCCCAGACGACCGUAUUGAUGAUAAACUUGAUGCGCAGAUUCAAGUGCUGUUGA